CUCACAGGAGAUGCUAGCAAGCCGGGUGUUAACAGGCCGUUUCCAGGCCCUCCUGAUCCCAAAGGAGAGAGAGGUUCUGCUGGAAGUCCUGGGUUGAAAGGGCCUCAAGGACCCAAAGGCGAAAAGGGAAAGGAAGGAGCUGGGAAGUCUGGAGUGAAAUAUGUUCGUUGGGGAAGGACUACCUGUCCAGGAGGUGUUGAGGCAGUUUAGAAACGUACGUCAUCACAGACACCGGUUAACUGAGACUGCAUUCUAGCUACUACUAAAAGGUUUUAGAAGCUAGUGUAAUAAAGUAGAGUUAAGCCUCCGACGUACAGGCAAAUUCAUACCCCCACCGUGGUACAGAGGGGCGGGGUGUGGAUGGAACCCCUCCUCAGAGUUUUUGAUAUGUUGCAGUCUUUCAAAACGAUUUUACCUGUAGUGGAAAGCCUUUGAUCUUCUUAACAAGAUGAGGUAUAUUUUAUGGGUGGUGGUGCUGCUAGAGGCCUGUGACGUCACCAGCAAUGGUCGUCAUCUUGGAUUUAAACAGGUUAAAACUGCGAGAAAUGGUAGAAAUGGUAGAAAUGGUCGUCAUCUUGGGUUUUACCAAGAAUUAGAAAUCAGGUUAAGACUGCGAGAAAUGGUAACUUUUUGAGCGUUACAUGAAAAUAACACAUAAAUAAGCAUUUUGCUUGAUUUUAGCCAAAAGAUUUACUUUUAUUGUUGAAAAAAGUUGAAAAAACAUGUAUUUUCGCCCAAAAAUGGCUUGAGCACUGCUACUUAUGACGUCAUAUCUCGUAACCAUAGCAAUUGACCAUCACUAUAAACCUGUCUCAAAAUGUGCGCGAGGGAUGAACAAACAGCUACUAAAAACAUCAGGUGCUGAUGUUUUAUCCUCUAGGAAAAACUCGGAAAAACCUUAGAGGGUGGCAUCCACCCCCCCACCCCUUGUACGUCCGAGGGUUAAGUUAUUGUUAACUUCAAAAUUUUUUCCAUUUAUUAUCUUUUUCACAAGGGUAGUAUAAAGGCCUUCACUGUUUUAAGUUUGCAGAAACAGCCUCCACUUCAAAUACUUGGCAAACGGAGAAUUUUUUUGACAUCUCGAACAUUCAUUUCUUUAUCAAAUACUUGGCAAACGGAGAAUUUUUUUGACAUCUCCAACAUUCAUUUCUUUAUUUACAGUUGCUGAAUCAUUUUGAGUCAUUGCAAAGAAGAACGGAUGAGAAGAGUUUCAGUAAUUACCUUUUAUUGCAGAGAUUUAUAAGCGCUACAGUUCGAGUGCUGUAAAUCCAGUUUGUCGUAACGAUAUUUUGCUCUGUUGUGCUGUCAGUUACUAAGAAAGUGAAAUUUGUUGUGACUACACUUUAUAGCGGAGUAAUGUACCUUUUUAAGCUUGUAGGUUUUCAUCCUCAGGUUUAAUGGGAGGUGAAUAUUACAAUCACCAAUGCAAGGCGGUGUAGUAAACUACCUUUGUCUUCCACACAAUCCAAGUACGACAGGUAUAACGAUGGCGAUCAGUACUCAGGAUAUGCUGAAUAUGGGGUCAGCUCCUACAGCAGCUAUCCUUUCAGACGAAAUCUUCAUAAUCACGAGGUGCCUUGCGUUGUCUGCUUUGUCAAGUCACGUAGCUCAAUGUUGAUGAUGCCCGCACGGAAUGACUGUCCAUCUGGAUGGACCGAGGAGUAUCAUGGGUACCUGAUGACCUCAUAUUACAACCUCCGGAACCAAAAAGACUUCGUCUGUGUUGACAAAGACCCAGAGUAUGUCCCGGGGACUAAUGGGAACAAGGAUGGUGCCUUGUUAUACUUUGUGGAAGGGGGCUGUGGCUCACUUCCAUGCACUCCAUAUGUUCUGCAUCGAGAGCUGACAUGUGCUGUUUGCACCAAGUAA